AUGGCAGACAAGGAGGCUUCUCAAGGUUGUCACAGUCUUGAGAUUGACGAGAAACUGCAUCAAUACGGGCUGAGGCUGGCAGAUAAUGGACGCAGUGUGGUAUGGAAAUCGGACAACCCACGUCAUCCGCGCAACUGGUCCACUGCGCGAAAGGUGUACGAUGUUUCUUGGGUGAUUUUCUUGGAUUUGUUCUCGCACAUGCUAGGACAAGGACUUGGGAGCAUCGUCUUCCCACCAUACUCGGAGGUAUUCGGUCGCAAAAAUCUCUACGUCGUCAGCACAGCUUUAUUCGGCAUAACAUGCGCCAUGGUAGCGAUACCCACGCCUGGAGGAGCGGUCAUCGGCCGUCUGCUCAGCGGCUUUCUCGGAGCGAUUCCAACAACAGUGGUAGCCGGUAGUAUUGAGGACAUGUUCAAUUCCCGCCACAGGAUCUGUGUCAUCGCGGUGUGGACGGUGGCUUGGAACAUUGGCUCGUCCUUGGGCCCCAUAUACAGCGACUAUAUCAUUGCUGCUCUAGACUGGCGAUGGAUCUUCUACGUGGCGGCUAUUACAUCAAGCGCAUUGACUAUCGCGUUGAUGACCAUCCGAGAGUCUCGCCCUCCUCUUGUUUUGGAAAAAGAGCUCCAAAAACUGCCACUGUCUAUCCGCGGAAAAGGAAAGGAAGCCCUGCAAAGCUUCAACCCAGACCAUGUCCCCGAUCUCAUCACGUUCGCAACCGUCUUCCUCGUCCGACCUCUGCGACUACUUGUCACCGAACCGAUCGUCUUCCUUGUUUGUAUCCUCGGACCGAUUCCUUACGCGAUCACGUACCUCUUCAGCCAAGCCCUACCAGACGUCUACAAAUCCUUCGGCUUCACAACCACCCAGACCCACCUCCCCUUUCUAGCCAUCAGCAUCGGUGCAGUCCUGAUUUUAAUAUCCAGAUGGUACAAUGAGCACAACAUCGCAAAACACAUUCGUCUCAAUAACCCAAUUCACCCGGAACUCCAGCUCCUAGGUCUCGUUAUCGCAGCCCCAGUUCUGGCAGGGGGUCUCUGGCUCUUCGCCUGGGCAAUCCCACCUCAAGUCCCCGGUCUCCACUGGAUCAUCCCGACAAUCGGGCUGGUCUGCGUCGGAUACGCAGGCGGCGAGUUCCCAACCGUUCUAACGGGUUAUCUUGCCGACAGUUAUAGAGGGUAUUCAUCCAGUGCGUUUGCAGCGUUGUCUUUGAUUCGCGUUCUUUUAGCCGCGACGUUUCCGUUGUUUUCACCGAAGAUGUUUGCGAACUUGGGUGCCAACGUUGCGGUCUCAGUUUUAGCCGCUCUGGCGACGGUUUUUUGCGCCGUUCCACCAUUAUUGAGGAUCUAUGGACAUAAAAUUCGCGCGAGAAGUCGGUUCGCACAGGAGAGCUUGGUGCUGUAUAAUAUGACGACCGUUGAUAAGGGGGGAUAUUGA